UCCAGCACCUAGCAGGCACUAGAACUGCGUCUGCGCGACAGCUGCUUGGCGCGAGGCAGCGAAAGGGAUGGCUGACGGUCUUUGCUGCCCCGACCCGCCCUCGCCACCGCUUUCUUUUUCCGCGCCCGCGGCGCGCGGCUUUGACGUCAGGCGUGUGACGCUCAACCCGCGGAUGGGCAAAGCCUGUCAGAAAAUGGCGGAGCUAGGAUAAAAGCUUGGGGUGGGCAAAUAUGCUACAAAUACCCAUCAGAGCUUGGUUGGAAAGCCAAUGGAGAGUGACACAUUCACACAUACAAAGUUACUUACUUCAGAAGAGCUGGCACAGGAAUCUUAGCACAACCUGCACAAGGUGUUCCAAGUCUCGGCGACUGGGACAUAGAAGAGACAUUUCAGAAAAGAAGCUGACCCGAUACUUUGUAGAUCAUCGAAGGGUAUAUGUGGAAGGAGGCAAAGGAGGUGAUGGUGUCAGCUGUUUCCACAGUGAGCCUAGAAAAAUAUUUGGAGGUCCUGAUGGUGGAGAUGGAGGAGAUGGGGGAGACAUUAUACUGAAAGUGGAUAAGCAAGUCAGAUCCUUGGCUUCUCUUCUCUCACUCUAUCGAGGUUUCAGUGGAGUAAAUGGAGGGAGCAAAAACUGUUAUGGAGCUGCUGGUAAAACUAUCUAUGUUAAGGUUCCCAUUGGUACGGUGGUUAAAGAGGACUGUACAAUUGUGGCUGAUCUCAACCAUCAUGGUGAGGAGUAUGUUGCAGCCUAUGGUGGAGCUGGAGGGAAAGGCAACCGUUUCUUUCUGGCCAAUGACAAUCGAGCACCAACAACUGCUACUGAGGGUGAACCAGGUCAAAAAAAAAUUCUCCAUUUGGAGCUUAAAACCAUGGCCCAUGCAGGGAUGGUAGGAUUCCCUAACGCUGGGAAGUCUUCGCUGUUGCGAGCCAUCUCCAAUGCAAAACCAGCAGUGGCUUCUUACCCAUUCACAACCUUAAAUCCACAUGUAGGCAUUGUUCACUAUGAAAACUAUGAGCAAGUUGCAGUUGCCGAUGUCCCUGGGAUAAUAAAAGGGGCCCAUCAAAACAGGGGGCUGGGCUUAGCCUUCCUGAGGCACAUAGAACGUUGCCGCUUUCUUCUGUUUGUGUUAGAUCUCUCGGUAUCUGAGCCCUGGACUCAGCUGCAAGACUUAAAAUAUGAGCUAGAGCAGUAUGAUGAAGGCUUGUCAAAGAGACCUCAUGCCAUCAUUGGAAAUAAGUUUGAUCUUCCACAAUCAAAGAGCAAUUUGUCUCUCCUCAAGGAACGAGUGGAACAGAAAGUCAUCCCGUUGUCUGCUUUGACAGGUGAAAACCUGGAGGAGUUGUUUCUGCACCUGAAAGAACUGUAUGAUGAGUAUGUCAAAACAGAAGAAGCACAGAACCAUGCACCUGUCAAGUGGUAGCUGGCCACAGGGACCCUCCGGCCAUAUUUAGGUGGAAAGUGGGUGGGGUGGGUGCAAAAUACUUUGCUUUCAGAAUAAAUGUCUGUCUCUCUGGAGCAGUUAACCACAGAGGUUUCUCCCCACCCUCUCUAGAGGAAUGAUCCCAGCUUGCAGAAUCAGUGGAUAACUGUGCUUCUAAAAAUAUAAACAUUGCCAAGCAAGAUGAGUAUUUUCCUACUGCCUUCAAUUAGAAAUGUAAAGGGAAAUAACUGUCUACCUUCCAGGAAUUUCUAGAUAAAAAUGUAAAAAUUAGUUCCAUGAGCCUGUGUGAAAUAAAUUUACAUAAAUAAAUGUCUCUUGUGUAAAAGUAA